UUCAUUAUAUAGAGACUCCUGAUUUACAACUAUUAACGUCAGUAAUUUUAUUUAAUAGUGUAUGAAAGAGGUGAAGAUAACUUUCUACUUAUAUAAUAUCAGCAGAUUGAUCUGAGAACGUAAAAUAAUGGGAUUUUAUAUACAAGAUGGUUUGUUGAGUCUUCAAGACCAAGUAAUUUCGCUUAAGUUCCUGCAGCAAUUUUACAACUGAAGGAUACGGGUAUGAACAAUUCUGAUGGGGUGCACCUUUCACGUGUGGCUGAAAGCCAGCCGAGAUGGUGAAUUCCUUGUGCGCAAAGUUUGUGACGAACAUGUCUACCACAUCCCUGAUAAACAAAGAAAGUUGCCAGAUGUCAAAGAGGAGCCUGAACCCCAAAGAAUGUCGCCAGAAUAUAUCAUGGAGAAGCCUGAACCCCAAAGAAUGUUGCCAGAUGUCAAAGAGGAGCCUGAACCCCAAAAAAUGUUCCCAUAUCUCAUGGGGGAGACUGAACCCCAAAGAAUGUUGCCAGAAGAUAUCAAAGAGGAUAUCAAAGAGGAGACUGAACCCAUGCUGAGUAUGGAGGCAAAUGAGGAAAUUGUUCAAAACCACAUAAUGCAGACAACUAGAAAGAAGUGUAUCCUGAAAAAUCUAAGCAACAUAGCAUCUGGGCAGACUCAGCUUCCACCAGGCAAGACUGAUCUUGAGGGUCUCGUCGACAAAAUGAAAAAAUAUGAAGAUCAAGUGUAUAAGAAGAGGAAUCUACCUAAAUUCCAGGUCUGACACCGCUCCAUUAAGCUGUAAGUUGUGUACAUUUACAAUGUUACAUCAAAUAUAUACGAUGUGUGUAAUAUUUUACAUACAAUGAAAUGAUUGUCUAAUUAUGUUAUAUAACAGUAAAAUUAAAGUUUUAUAUGUAAGAAGUAUCUGGCCUGAAAAUUAAGAUUUUGUCCUCAAAAAUACUACAUAAUUACCUUCUGCUUGUGGCCUGCAACACUUCCUCCUCAGCCAAUUCAAAUAUUUAUGGCUAAGAAAAUAACUAUCAAAAGUUGAUCAUAAAAAUAAAACUAGUGCAUACCUAUAAGCUCCUUCAUUCUUAAAGUACUAAUCCAUUAAUGUUUCCUUACAUUUUGGCCAUCAUUGGUAAUACGUCUGCCAGGAAUACUAUCCUAACCACUGUUUGGUAAACCGAUCUCAUUUCAGUAUUAUUAUUAUUAAUAGGGGUUAGUUUUUCCAGACCUCUGAGUCUCAAGUAGACUCUUCUCGGGCUGGUUCUCAGGGAUCAAUCCUGAGAAGAAAAAAAAUAGACUUUAUUUGAGAAACCUGUCUUAUUUAAAAAAUUUAUGAUGUUAUUAAUUGAAAAAUCCCUGCUUUCAGCAAGAAUACUUUUCAUUUCUGAAUUCCGUAGAUAAAUAGAUCUUUGCUGGAUCCAAUUUUGGCACUCAACAAGCAAAUGCUGUACUGUCAUGGGUGUUUGACAUCUGCUACAUUUCACUGGGUCAGCAUGUGGUGUUGACAUCAAGUGACCAUGUGAGAAUCUUGUGUGUCCUAUACGGAGCCUUGCUAGGAUCACCUCUUUUGAUCUUUCCUCCUGUGAGGAUGUCCUCCAUGCAUAUACUUCAGUUUUUAUGUUUUUAAGUUUAUUUGUUGUUGGCACCGAGGCCCAUUCUUCUUUCCAAUCCUGGUAAAUCAAUGUUUUAACAGAUUUUACCCAGUCUGACACUGGGGCAUAUGAAAUUGUUGGAGGGAUAGUGCAGGCUAAUUUGGCAGCAGAGUCUGCAUAUUCAUUUCCUUUUAUUCCCACGUGUGCUGGGAUCCAACAUAUUUCCAUUGAUAUUCCUGAUUGGAGGAGUUGAUGAAUUUUUAUUUGAAUUUCCUGUACUAUUUUGUUUCCUGGUUUAUACUGUCUUAUUGCAUCUAUAGCGCUACGUGAGUCACUGAAAAUAACAGACACUUGCUUUUGCCUCAGAUAUCAUAUCUAGAGCCAUCUGUAUGGCUGUGACUUCAGCAGUAAAUACUGAUGAUAUUGAAGGUAGGCUUUUUUUAAUUAACAUAUUUUUCGAAUAUGCAGAUGCUCCUACUCCAACAUUAUUUUUGGAGCCGUCUGUAUAUACCAUAAAUUUGUCGCCUUUUCUUCUAAUGUGCUCCAAAGCAUGUUGGCGGUACAUUUCUGUACUUGUCAUUUGCUUUUUGAGUAGGUAAGACAGGGAGGUACAUAUCUUUACUCGAUUUAAAAUCCAUGGUGGUGGCAAUUCCA